AUGGAUAUCACAUUAUAUCAUGUUGUGCGGAUUGGUACUUUUGUAUUUACAUUCCUAGAAACACAACCUGUACAGCAUCCUCACCUUAUUGUAGCAAACACUGGACAGUCUGUCAGCCUAAGCUGUAUCGUUCAAAGUGGUGUUGAGCAUUGUUAUGACAUGGUGUGGUACAUCCAGCAACAUUCAAAAGCUUUGAAGAGGCUGAUGACAAAAGAAAGGUUUUACUUUGAACGUGAGCAUACAAAACGAAACUGUGCUUUAACAAUUAACAAUUUAGAAAAAAAUGACUCUGGGAUGUAUUUUUGCUCUGGCUGUAGCCCUUUGUUUAGUUAUUUUGGAAAUGGGACACGGCUUAUUGUUAUAGAUGAACUGACAUACACACCAACAGUGUUCAUUCUCCCUCCAUUAUCUGAUGAGACUGAACCAAGGAGCACAGUAACUCUUAUCUGCGUGGUGCUGAAUGAUUCUCCUGAGACUGUCAUUAUAACCUGGAGGGUUUCUGAGAAAUAUGUUAAAGGAACAAUGCAUCAUGGAGCCAUUGCAUCACAGGAACAUUACAGGCUGAAAAAUAUGCUAACAAUUCCAGUUACAAUGUGGAACAGUGGAAUAAACUGUAGCUGUGUAGUUGAGAAGGAACCUGGUAACACAAUUAUCAAAUGGAUUGCAAAAGGCAAUGUAUACCACUUUGCAUAA